CUACCAGUAGGAAACAUAGUUCAUUGCAGAAACCUCAAACCAAAGCCAAGGCCAAAAAUCUCAGAUACAGGGAGAAAGAUAGUAGAGAGAGAAAGUAGAGAAGUAUGGGUGUGGAUUACUACAAGGUUCUUCAGGUGGACCGGAGCGCCAAAGAAGAUGACUUGAAGAAAGCGUAUCGAAAGCUCGCCAUGAAGUGGCACCCAGAUAAAAACCCCAACAACAAAAAAGAAGCCGAGGCCAAAUUCAAGCAAAUCUCCGAAGCAUACGAUGUUUUGAGUGAUCCACAAAAGCGAGCGGUCUUUGACCAGUACGGUGAAGAGGGGUUGAAGGGACAGGUGCCGCCGCCUGGUGCCGGUGGCUAUGCCGGCGCUUCGGAUGGCGGUGGUCCUACUAUGUUCAGGUUCAAUCCUCGGAGUGCUGAUGACAUAUUCUCAGAGUUUUUCGGGUUUCCGGGCCCAUUCGGAGGGAUGGGUGGGAUGGGGGACAUGGGAGGAUCACGUGCCAGGGGUAUGUUUGGCGAAGAUAUAUUUGCUACGCUUCGGGGCGGAGGCGGUGAGGCGUCCAGUAAUAUUCCCCGGAAAAGGGCAGCUAUAGAGAGGACGUUGCCGUGUAGUUUGGAGGAUUUGUAUAAGGGGACUACUAAGAAGAUGAAGAUAUCGAGGGAUGUUACUGAUGCUACUGGGAGACCCACCACAGCGGAGGAAAUUCUUACAAUUGAGAUCAAGCCAGGUUGGAAGAAGGGAACAAAAAUAACAUUUCCAGAGAAGGGAAAUGAACAGCGAGGUGUCAUCCCCUCAGACCUUAUCUUCAUUAUUGAUGAGAAGCCUCACAGUGUCUUCAAGAGGGACGGGAAUGACCUCAUCGUCACACAGAAGAUCUCUCUGGUGGAAGCUCUGACAGGUUACACUGCACAGGUGACAACCCUUGAUGGACGGAAUCUGACAAUUCCAAUAAACUCUAUCAUUAGUCCCACAUAUGAAGAAGUUGUUAAAGGGGAGGGGAUGCCUAUCACCAAAGAACCUUCAAAAAGAGGGAACUUGAGAAUUAAGUUCAAUAUCAAGUUCCCCACCAGGCUUACUUCAGAGCAGAAAUCGGGUAUUAAACGAUUGUUGACUUCUUCAUGAACACUAAUGGUAGAACUCUACCAAACUCCUGUAAGCUUGCAUUUAUUUUAUUUGCUUGGUUUUGUUGUAAAAAGGAAAUUCAGGCGUUGCUAAAUUUGGAAAUUUCAUUAGAGAAGUUGUUUAGGUUAUAAACAUUAUUUCCCAUGUUCAUCUACUGUUUCUAUAUCUUAUUAUAUGAAAAGUGAUAUUUUCUCUGUU